GUGUUUUUCCCUGUGCUUUGAAUGUGAUUGUGCGAUCGAUCGAGUGGAGGUGUUUUUUUUUUUAAAGUGCCGGAAAACUUAAACUUUGAUUUUACUUUGUUUUUCCAGUAACAAAUAUUUUUUGCCCAUUUUUUUAAAGGUGUUAAGUAGAAACAAUAGUAAAACGGGAAUUUCCGAAAGACCGACAUGUUCAAAUAAGCAAACACUUCACGUGCGCAUGUGUGCAGUUGCAAGGACCUCCAGUAGAAGAAGAAGAAGCAGCAGGAGCGAGCGAAGCAACAGGCCAAAAGCAACAGCGCAAUCGCUGCCCUUUUUAAUUUAUUUUUUUGUUUUUGUUGUUUUUGAGUUUGCUGGCGCAGCAAUAAAAUACAAAUUACAAACACACAGACGCAUUUGAGAUACGACCACCACUAGAGAUCGCACACACACACGCAGAACACACGGGCAAACAAAGAGGGCGAGAGGGAGGGGGAGGGGGCAGGAAGGGAAAGGGACGAAGCUUAUCUCCGCUUUUCGAGAACGCGAACGAAGACGACGAUAAAAGCAAAGCAAACAAGACAAACACACAUGCGUGAAACAGACAUCGGCUGUUGCCGUUUCAAAAAAAAAAGAAAAAGAUCUAAAAAAAAUAAGGGAAAAAGGAACAAAGCAAAGCAAAAACGACUUACACAUGUGCGUGAAAAAUGUCCUAGACAGACACACACACACGCACCUAAACGCUCGUACGCCAAGCACGUGUAAUUUCUGCUCCCUCUCGCCGCUCUUCGUUCUCCCUCUCUCUUCCAUCGUUCGCUGCUAAUCACACGCUCUCUUCACUCUUUUAGCUGAUUUUUUUUAUUGUUGCAAUGCAAUAUUCGCGGAACCAAUAACAACAACAACACACAUAACUCAACAUUCAAGUGCAAAGCAAAUACAAAUCAAACAAAAAAAGCAAAGAAAAUAAAAAGAAAUAUAGCAAAAACAAACCGAAAAAAUCGCAUAUUUUUUCAGUCUUGUCCAGUGGAAAAUAGAAAAGCAACACCAACAACAAUAACAACAACAACGGCGGAAUCAAAUUCAAUAUCUGUUAAACGAGAACCACAAAAUGUCUGCUACUGUAGUGCAGAAAUCCACGACGGUGGCUAAUUCGCAUUUUUUCGAGUGCAGCGACAUAUUCCAAGCGGUGGCCAGCGACCGUGAUCGCGAUCAUCUCCAGCAGCAGCAGCAGCAGCAGCAGCAACUUCAGGAUCUCGUCCUGGACAACAACAACAGCAGCAGCAGCAGCAACAUGGAGCAGCACCACCAGCAGCAGCAGCCACAUCGCCACCAUGGCGCCCUCACACGCACCAUUUCACAGCCGGCCCAGCAGAGGCACCAGCUCAUCCAGCAGCAGCAACAGCAACAGCAACAGCAGCAGCAACAGCCACCGGUGGCCAGUCUGGUGACCAUCAUCGAGAACCUGGGCAACAUGAACCUGCACCGAAAGCUGGAGCGGACGCAGUCGGAGCCACUGCCACAGCAGCCGAUGAACACCUCCAGGUACAAGACGGAGCUGUGCCGCCCCUUCGAGGAGGCCGGCGAGUGCAAGUACGGCGAGAAGUGCCAGUUCGCCCAUGGAUACCACGAGCUGCGCAACCUGCAGCGGCAUCCCAAGUACAAGACCGAGUACUGCCGCACCUUCCACAGCGUGGGCUUCUGUCCCUACGGGCCGCGCUGUCACUUUGUCCACAAUGCGGACGAGGCCCGUGCCCAGCAGGCGGCCCAGGCAGCCAAGUCCUCCUCCUCCCAGUCGCAGUCGCAGUCUCAGCAGCAGCAGUCGUCUUCCUCGUCGUCUUCCCAGCAGCAGCAGAGCUUCUCGUCGAAGAGCAACCAGAGCAGCCAGAGCAACAGCAGCAACAACAGCAGCCAGCAGUUCUACCUGCCGCUGAGCCCACCGCUGAGCAUGAGCACGGGAUCCGACCGGGAGUCGCCCACCGGAUCGCUGUCCCUGAGUCCCACCAACUCGCUGACCAGCUUCCCCUUCCACGACGCCCUGCCGAUCCUGGCCUCCAAUGGCGGCGGCGGCGCCAGCAACAGCUCCGCCUCGUCCACAUCCUCGAGCUCGGGCCUCGGCCUCGGCAUGAGCAUGGGCAUGGUGAUGGGCAUGGGCAUGGGAAUGGGCAUGGGAAUGGGCCACCAUGGACCGGCCACGCCGCCCGAGAGUCCCAAUGUGCCCAUUUCGCCGGUGCACACGCCGCCGCCCUACGAUGUGGUGGUCAGCGGACCCAAUUCCGCAUCUGGAGCAGCGGGCAGCAAGCAGCUGCUGCAGAAGAGCGUCAGCACACCGAUGCAGCAGGAGGACUCGACGCCCAGGCUGCCGGUGUUCAAUCGCCUGAGCUCCGCGGUGGAGGCCUACCAGCAGCAGCAGCAGUCCAAUUUGGUGCUCUAAGGAGGAGGAGGAGGAAUUACAAAGAAGAGAAACACUAUCCAACAUCCAAUCACACGCCAUCCAUCCAAGCAUCCCUCCAUCAGCAAGCAAACCACAAACAGCAUCCUUGACAAAAUCUCAG